AUGGUAAGAGCUCAACUCAAUCUCAUCUUGACACAAGACCAGCCGCCACCAGUAAUCAAAGAGGUACUAAAUCUAAACACCAUUCAAGUUCUUAAUGUGGUACAAGUGAAAGCCAUAUAGGAGGCUCCCAAGAAACUACUCUUUGUGGAGGCCAUUAUCAACUCUACUUCGACAAAAAAAUUGGUGGACUUAGAGGCCACCCACAACUUUCUAUCAGAAAAAGAAGCCCACGACCUCGGGUUGAGCUUGGUCAGCACCAACAACAAGAUCAAGGUUAUCAAUUCUAAAGCUUAAACCUAAGUGGGAUUGGCCCAACGAGUGAAGACACAAAUGGGUACAUGGGAAGACUAAUUAGACUUCCUAGUAUUAUGGAUGAAUGAUUUUGAUGUCAUCCUUGGGGCUAACUUCACGACCAAAGUGAAGGCAAGAAUAUUCUUCCACUACAAUGGCAUAUUGAUAUGUGGAGGGAAACGCUUUUACUUUAUAUAA